ACGCUUCGCCACAUGAUCUGAUACGAAGGUAUAAAACGAUGCUGGAGAUGUUUAAGCCGCCAUUUGUGUCAUCGAUUCGGACGAGUUGAAGUCGCCGUCAGUCAAGCAACAUGAACGUGUCCGUUUUGAUAGGCUUGACCCUGACUUUGGCUUUGGCAUCCGCCGCUCCAGCUCCCGCUCCAGUUGGGAUGAUGGAUCCAGCAUCCAAUCCUUUCAUCCCAUCUUUCGUGAAGAAUUUCAUCCCAAGUGCCUCUGAAAUCGCAGCUUUGGCCGCCCUUCACACGACGCCUGCGCCGCCGCCGCUGCCUACAGCCGCGAAGCCAGCCGCUCCUGCCGUUCCUGCUGCUGCCGCGACCGUAUCAGCCGUCAUUCCCGUCGCGCCGGUCAUAGGCGUGUGAUCCCAGUCAAUUUCCGGUAUUUGGCCACGCCCACUCGACCUCUGACCUUUCCCUCGGUCUGACACAUGGCUCUGGAAAUCGUCUUUUAUGACUGUCUUGUUUUUUUCUACAAUGUAUAUUCAAAUAGAAAUGAGAAUGAUUUGAAUCGCUGUGUCAACUGACAGAUGAGGAGCGGAGAACGGCGAGAAACAAGAGGAAAAGAAAAUGAUGUAGAUACACAUGGAAUAAAUCUCUAGUCUUGGA